UGAGUGCGGCGGGAGCGGGCGGAGGGCGCCGGAGCCAGCCCCUAUACCCCGCGCUACCCGCCAGCCAGCCCCACCGGAGACCUGGCGACCGUCUGCUUCGAUUCUCUUGAUCUGAAGAUGGCUGCACAGUCAGCACCGAAGGUUGUGCUAAAGAGCACCACCAAGAUGUCUCUGAACGAGCGCUUUACUAAUAUGCUGAAGAACAAACAGCCGAUGCCAGUGAAUAUUCGGGCUACCAUGCAGCAGCAGCAGCAGCUAGCCAGUGCCAGAAACAGAAGACUGGCCCAGCAGAUGGAGAAUAGACCUUCUGUCCAGGCUGCUUUGAAGCUUAAACAGAAGAGCUUAAAGCAACGCCUCGGUAAAAGUAACAUUCAGGCACGAUUAGGCCGGCCGGCGGGACCCCUUGCUCGUGGAGCCAUGGGAGGAAGAGGACUGUCUAUGGGGCAGAGAGGCUUGCCACGAGGAGCCAUGCGUGGUGGCCGGGGAGCGAGAGCUCUGCUGAGAGGAGGAGUCCCACUCAGAGGUCAGAGCCUGCUUCGUGGAGGACGAGGUAUAUCCCCCAGGAUGGGCCUGAGAAGAGGUGGCAUUAGAGGUCGCGGUGGCCCUGGAAGAGGUGGUCUAGGCAGAGGCGCCAUGGGCCGUGGCGGACUUGGUGGCAGAGGUCGUGGCAUGGCGGGCCGGGGACGAGGGGGCUUUGGAGGUCGUGGCAGAGGCAGAGGACGA